AUGUGGUUCACCCAAGCCGAGGUCCAAUUCGCCCUCGCUGGGAUUCAGAACGAUCAGACAAAGUUCUUCCACAUACUGGCCAAAGUGGACCAGUUGGUGCUCCGCCAUAUUUCCGAUCUUGUCGCACAACCUCCAGAGGAAAACAAAUACAAAGCAAUUAAGGACCGACUAAUCUCCCGUUUUGAGCUGUCAGCGCAGGAAAAAUUGGAAAAACUUUUGAGUUCUUGUGAUUUGGACGACAUGCGUCCUACCCAUCUCCUUGCUAAAAUGCAAGAACUUUCUGCUGGCUUCAAUGCAAACGAGGAACUCCUUAAAAUGCUGUUUUUGCAACGAAUGCCACCGAGUUUCAAAGCUGUGCUAUCCAUCAGCGACGGUAGUAUAGCUAAACUUGCGGAGAUGGCGGAUAAAAUGGGUGAUUCCUCUGGUCCACAUCAGGUAGCUGCCGCAUCGUACCCAGCGACUCCAGGAAGUCUCCAGGAUCUCGAAGCUCAGAUCGCCGCACUCUCAGCAGAAGUUCGCCGGUUGAAAACCAACCCGGCCGGUAGCCCAAACCGAAGCCGUUCAUCUUCUCGUCAGCAAGAUGUACCACAGAAAGUUCGGUGCUCAGCAAUGCCGCUCGCCGUGUCGUUUUUCAAAUACAAAAAACUAGACACACUCUUACCUCAGACGGCGGAGGUGGGAGCCCUUUGCAUCAUGCAGCCGUCUAAUAGUUUUCGAUAG